AUGGCGGGAUCAAAUGAUCUGGAGGCCAACAACAGGAUGUCGCGUGGGUCUGAGGCUGUCGACAAUGGAUUCUCAGAAAAGCCUCUAAACCAGGGAACAGGUUCAGGAAUACACGCCUCCGUCUACAUAAUAACAUGGAUUUUCUUUUCCAAUACCACGAUUCUCUUCAACAAGUGGCUAAUCGACACUGCUGGAUUCCGAUAUCCUAUCAUCCUCACAACAUGGCAUCUUGUCUUUGCAACAAUAGCAACGCAGCUACUUGCUCGUACUACUUCUCUUCUCGAUUCACGCCACUCACUCCCAAUCACUCGACGACUCUACAUAAGGACCAUCCUCCCCAUCGGCGUCCUCUACUCGGCUUCGCUCGUCUUCUCCAACAUCGUGUACCUCUACUUGUCUGUUGCGUUUAUUCAGAUGCUCAAAUCUACCGGCCCUGUCUGCACUCUCGUGGCUUCGUGGGUGUGGGGUGUCGCUCAGCCGGAUAGUAAGACAUUUGGCAACAUCAUGCUCAUUGUUGCUGGUGUCGCCAUUUCAAGUUUUGGAGAGAUCGAGUUCUCCUGGUGGGGGUUUCUCUUUCAGAUGUGCGGCACCAUUGCAGAAGCCGUGCGUGUUGUCAUGAUCCAGGUCAUGCUCAGCGCUGAGGGUCUCCGUAUGGAUCCUCUUGUCGGCCUCUACUAUUACGCACCUGUCUGCACCCUUAUGAACAUGUUCGUUGUCUUGUUUAGUGAAGGCCCCCGAUUUAAAUGGGAAGAUGCAGCUCAAGCCGGGUAUGGCGUACUGCUUGCCAAUGCUUGCCUUGCAUUCUUCUUGAAUGUCAUCAGCGUUUUCCUUAUCGGUAAAACAUCAGGACUUGUCAUGACUCUGAGUGGUAUUCUUAAGAGCAUCCUUCUCGUGGCUGCUUCUGUUGUGCUUUGGGGUACUCACAUCUCCCUUACACAAACACUGGGAUACGCCGUUGCCCUCAUGGGUCUUGUUCUAUAUUCGAUCGGUUACGAACAACUUCUCAACAUGUGGGAAGAAGCGGUUGCAUGGGGUACCGGUUCCCUCAAUCGAGAGGGCGAGAUGUCUCCUACUUUACGCAAAGGCAUCAUGAUUGGAUGUUUGGGUUUCAUCACUGUGAUAAUUGCUGGCGCGUUAUGGCAUUAUCAUGGGCUAUCUAGCGAGCAUGUAACUCGGGUGACCUCGUCGUGGUUUGCCCAUUGA